AUGUGCGACGAACUACCUGCGCUCCAGGUCCGUCCAAAGCCCGACCUAGACUCGCCGUUCCACCGCCCCUUCUUCCUCGCCUCCAGAGUUCGCAAGCUUUGGGAACACCAGAGUAACUUGAGAGAUGUCCUGUUCAACCUUAAACCGCAGCAGUUGACUUCCAUCUGGAAACAUUCACUUUUGUUCGUCACCUUCCUGGUCUACAUCGAGGUUCCGCCCUCGUUUUACGCGCACGUCUCCAACCUACUCUUCAAAGAUGGUGAUGACACAACACCCCGGUACCGAGACACGGAGAUGCCGUAUAGUGAAGCAGAACUCGAAGCGCUGGGUCUAUCGCGAAGUAAAACAGCUAGGUGGGAAGAGCAGCACCUAUUUACUCCGGCGACGAUUGUCCUGAACCCGCAAGCGGCGCCGGCAAUACAAGUCAUUCCGAACUCGCUGACGCGGAUUCCGUUCAUGGAAUGCGACCCAGGACAGGAGCAUGGCGGAUACGGCGAUGUAAAGUUCUUCAAACUGGCGCCUGAAUACGUGGUAGAUGAAGAUCCAAGCCCUCGAAGCUGGGUGCCGAAACAUCAACGACAACCUCUCGUCGUUGCCGUAAAGUCCUUCCACAUCCGCGACGAUGGCCUCGCCGAGGCGAACAACAUGCGCCUCCUCCGCCAGGGUAAGGCUGGCGACCAUAGCAUCUCGCUCUGCAACGCCGUCGUCGAACACGGGAGCAGCGGGGGCUUGUCCUCCUCGAGGCUCUUGAUCUUCUUCCCCCGUGCCGAGCUCGGUGAUUUGGGUCAGUUUCUACACGGCGGGCAGCAUGUCGAUGGUGACGAAGCAAGGUCGUACGACUUCAGGGAGCGGUUCCCGCACGCCCACGCCCACGGCUGGGGCAACCCCGAGCUCGCCCGAGCACUGCUGCACCAGUGUGUCAAGCUUGCCGGCGCCCUACUGUUCCUUCACUCAGGCUUUCCCGCGUCUUCGGAGAGCGGCGGAAGAUGGGUGCGGUGCGCACACAUGGACCUCAAGCCGAACAACAUCAUCAUAUUCGGCGGUGACGGCGCCGUGGGCCGUUGGAAGCUGUGUGACUUUGGCAUCUCCGUGCUCAAGGACGAGGAAAGCGAGGACCGCGCGGGAGAGAACCAUCAGAGUUCCUAUUAUAGCCAGAUGACCUUCAACACCAACGCGCGGCGUGGGCGAGGCCAGUACCAGGCCCCGGAGGUGCCUGAGUUCUGGGCCCCUUACCUUGUGGAGAGCGUCCGGAGCGGCGGUACAGACACCGGCACAGGCACGGCCGCACUUGUGGGGCGUGUCGGCCGGUCCGCCGAUAUCUGGUCGUUCGGCUGCAUCUUCGCCGAAGUUCUGGCCUUUGCCCUUGGCGGGCCGCGAAAUGUCGAGGGCUUCCUCGCGACGCGGAGGCAAGUCUUCAACAACAUCCGCGACGGCAACUUUCACUCGCCAAGCAACAGCAACAGCAAUAGCACCAGUACGUCGUUGUCGAGCCACAUGGUGCGACCUCAGGUGCUGCAGUGGCUCGACGAGCAAUGUGCCACGGUUACAUCGCCCAUCUGGGCUAACUGCUGGGCCGGUCAUGUUACGCGGAUCUUGCGUGUCGACCCGCGAGAGAGGCCAGACGCGCAGGCACUAGAGCGUCAAGUACACCAUGUCUGGGAUGACGCGCUGAAGUGCCCAAGAGAGGCGACAUCCAAGUGCCAGGCUUUUCGGUAUGAGCCUGAACCGCAAAGCGUGUCGGAAAGUCCGCUUGACAAAAAGCUGGCCAAAGUUCCCAAAGCCUCCUCCUUGCCUCCUUCCCUAUCCCCUGCUUAUCCUCCCGUUCCCGCUCCGGCAACGGCGAUGGCGACUCCCUCCAACGUCUCUUUUGAGGUACCUGUCAGCUCUAAUCCCCAUUUCACUGGCCGUAAGAAGAUCAUAGCCGAGAUGGAGAACUUCUUCUCUGAGGAUGGCCACGAUGCCACGCAACAGAAGCGCCUCGUGCUGACGGGCCUCGGGGGCGUAGGCAAGACCCAGAUCGCCACGGCGUUUGCAUACGAUGCCUAUAACGCCGGCCGCUACGCUACAGUUCUUUGGGUAUUUGCUGUAGACGAGCAGGAGGUCAUCAAAUCGUUCACGCAGCUGGCCAAGACGUUGGGGCUCUUUCCCAAGAUCAGCACGUCUCACGAAGACCGCGGGCAGCAGGACAUGCCACUCAUGGCGCUCGCGCUUCUGCAGUGGCUCUCGCGCGAGGAAGAGCAGAGGUCGUCCCGGUGGCUCCUAGUAUUUGACAAUGUCGACGAUUUAGACAAUCUUGACGUCUCGCGCUUCUUUCCCCGCGUUCCCUGGGGCCAUAUUCUCAUCACAAGCCGCCGCAAGGAGGCCCGCCGACUGGGCCGCCAGGUCGAGGUCGGCAUGAUGGACGAGAAAGAGGCCCUGACCCUUCUCAAGAAUUGCUCUGGCCGUCGCGGUGACGACGAAGAAGAAGCUGCCCGCCAUGUCGCUCACAAGUUAGGAUACCUCCCGCUGGCCCUUGAUCAGGCCGGCGCCUACAUUACGGGGCAGUCCAUCGACUUUGCCGAGUACAUGGAUCUCUACCGCGUGAGCCACGACCAGCUACUUCGGCACAAGCCACCGCGCGCCGUCUGGUCGUACGAGCAGACCGUCUUCACCACCUGGGAGAUUUCCUUCCACGCGGUGGCCGCCAGAAAUCCCGUCGCCGCGCGUCUCCUCGACCUGGCGGCCUUCUUCUACUCGGACGGUGCCCCGUUCGCGCUCAUGUGCGAACUUGCCCAGAUCCGCGGACCAGAGCUCCAACAGCGGCUCCUCCUGCGAGACUUUGUCGAUUUCGUCCAGACGCCGGCGGACUACGAUCAGCUGGUCGACCAAGUGCCACCGGAGCUUAUGGUUCCACAUCUGCAGGUGGUCGAGGCCAUCGGCACUCUUGCGUCCUUCUCGCUGGUGGACCAGAAGACCAUGUCAACUCAUCCACUCGUCCACUACUGGCUCAGGGAGCGGCAGUCGAGCGCGGACAGGAUCAGGAGCGGUCGCGCAGCCAUCUUUCUCACCUUGCGUGCCAUCGUCAACGCCUACGACGCGUCGCGUUUCGCUGAGGGCGAGACAUUGUAUCCCUAUCUCUGUAUCUCCCUGGAAAAUCUCUAUGACACGCCGGAGCUUCUCAGCGACACGGAGCUAAAUAAGAUCGGUGCCUGCAUGAUCGCCCUCGACGCCUGGGUCCCCGUCUCCCUCGACCACGGCACGCUGUACCGCGCCGAUCGCUUCUUCAACCUUGUCGCCGCCCACAGCGAGCACGCGGACUGGCGGAUCCCCGACGGGUUGCUGGCGGUGCGCCGCGCCUUUUGGCUCAUGAGCAUGGGGCGGCGGAGGGAGUGCAGCGACCACUGCGCUCGCUACCUCGCCACAUUUCACCAGCGCUCGCGGUUGGACAAGAUGUACGCCUCGUCCCUGGCGCAGACCUGUGCUCCCUGCUUCUUCCGUUUGGGAGACUACGACCGCGCCGAGCAGAUAUAUGAGUACUUGGAUGACUCACUUGACGACUCGGGUGCCAUGCUGGCUCGCAAACAGUUGGUUCUCGGCGCCAUCAAGAUCGACAGGGGCCUGCCGGACGAAGCCGCGGCCGUACUUGAGGGCUGCGCGCGCGAGUUGCAGAGGGGCAUCGGCCAGCACCACUUUUUGCUUCGCGUGUGGCAUCAGCUCAUGGCUAGAUCUCGCCUGGCGCAGGGGCGGCCGGCCGAAGCCGAAGUUCAGGUUAUGAAGGGGCUGGCGGUACGGAUGAACAUGCUUGAAGGCGGCAAACUGGAGUUUACCUUUAGUGAUUACGAGCUCGCAGAGGUAUACUCUCAGGCUCUCCGGGCGCAGAGGCGCUUCAGAGAAGCGAAAGCCUGGAUGAUCGCGCUGCUGGAAAAGACGGCGUCGGAGAAGCCGCGACCGGCGCGGAGCCUUGCGGAACUGUCGCAGAUCUUGAUCGAGCUCGACGAGGCGACGGCUCUAUUCGGGGUUGGCCAGGAGGAGAGACGAAGUAUAGAUGAAUUGAUGACUAGGGCAGAGCGCAAGUUUGUCGAGGCUGCGGCGGUCUAUGAGCUGGAAUGGAAUAGAGGAAUGUGGUCGUUCAAGCACUUUCACCAGACACUGGCGGAGUUUAAAGAGAGGCUCGUGUGA